AUGUCUCUAUCUUUACAUAUGAAAGAGUCUUUAUUAAGGCCGGCUCACAGUAUAUUACAACUAGUGAUAGAUACCUUUUUAUCCUGUGGACAGCCCGCUAGUGUUGGGUAUACCGCUAAACCCGACAACACUGCCCUGAAUGCCGUUGCCACAAAGACCUGGUCUUAUAAGGCGACUAGAGUUAGAGUUGGCGGCGGGUUGUGUCUUUUGUUGUUCUUAUUGAGCAGUGUUGGCGGAUCAAGUGAUAUCGAUGAGAUGCUUCAGCGGGAUUUACUAGACCCGGGCCAAAUGAUUAAAGCUCUGCAGCUACUUGGCUUUUCUUAUUCGCGGUUUAAUUCGUUGAUAGGGGUCGCACCCUAUAUUCCCAACAAAUGCGCACAUCCUAUCUCUAACAUUAACCUAGCCUUGACCUUAGACACCUCCAAUACAGCCCAUCCAGCUCCCAGUUAUGUGAUAACGCAUUUUGAUACAUGUCUGCAAUUUUCAUUGCCGAACUAUCCCGAUGCAGGCGUGGCCUUAUCCUAUCUAAAGUUGUUAAAAAAGAUUGCUGUUAUUAGGAGCGAUAAACUCUAUACCAUGGAUAUUUUAUAUGCAUCAGCCAAUCCAAAUUGUCGCCAGGAAAAUCUACGAAUUCUAUCCCGUCUUAUUAACCUAUUAGACUCUGACAAUCUCUGUCUUCAAUUUGAUGGCAAUCUGGAUAAAGAGGUGGGUGAUAUCGAUAGGCAUCUAGAUAUUUGCCGAAAAGAAGCACAGAACGUACUUGACCAUGCGAACUAUAAGAAACGCGGCCGAAUCAUCUUUUCAUGCGCUUCAACUAGUAGUCUCCCGAACUUAGUCUAUAGCGGUAUCGUCUUUUUGCGGCCAAUUGUAGAAAUUGUGAUAGAAGGCCAUAAUCUUCGAUCUAUCAAUUUAGUUAGCCGUCUUCCAUUAGCAGAAGGUUACACCAUCUAUCUUCAGCAGGUGUCCGGUAAGAUUAACAUUGCCUUCGAAUUUCUCCAGCCGCCAGCUCCCAGGUGCCACCAGAUUGCCAUGGAAGAUUAUUACGUCCCUGUAGUGACAUUAACCGGCCUUGAUAAUGCUAUCGCCGCCCAUCCAGAAAUAGUCCUAAAGGCGAACUGGACAACUCUUCAGUAUUUGGGCAAAUACAAUAUAGCUUCUAUCAGAGUUCAUACUAUUAUAGGCUUUGAAGGUUAUGAAUCAUAUGAACAGGACCAAUCACCACUUCCAUCACAUCACGAGCAUACGCAUGUGGAGGCUCGGAUCUCUGCCAUCAAGGCCAUUGCGAUCGUCUCUGCCGAUAUGAUAUGCAGACCCAAACAGCACUACAGACAGAUUUACAACAAAGCAUUGUAUGCUAAAUAUGGAAUCUCAGUUAAAGAGUGCGAGAUCAUCUAUGACGAAGACCGCGACGAUUUGGAUCAAACUAUAAGUUUGCUUUACAAGCUGGGAGGAUUAUCAGCUAAGCCGACAGACGUUAUAACGAGAGCUGUUCAUUGCCUUGGCGAGACACUUAAUAACCCUAACUGGGUGUGCCACAAGCCCGUCAGCAUCAGACUUAAGACGCCCCAAUUUAUACAGAAUAUACAGAGAUACAAAAGGCAUUCUAGAUUCUUUUGUCAGAAUAUACGUUAUACAAGCAUUGAAAUAUUUGGGAGUGUACUUCCAUAUAUAGGCCAAAUCGAGGAUUGUAUGGCCGGUCUAUCUCUGUUCCAUAACAUCACAGCCGAGCGGCUUACCAUCUGCAAUGUCCGUGCUACGAACCAGUUACUAACGAACUUUAACCUAGCCACUAUGCAAAUAGCUACUACCGACCCGCCUAGUUGGUAUCUCAAGCUUAAGGUGUUAGUACUAGAUAAUGUUGAUGAACAUAUCAUUUAUUGGGUCUUGGGAAAUUACAACUUUGUCGGUUCGAUUGAUGUAUAUAUUCUAAACCAGCGCUUUACUAAUCUUGCCAUCGUCCAAAUCCUUUCUCUUCCGAUUGCUUACAGCAUUGCAAGUCUCGUGCUCAAUAACGUCCUAGAUCUAGAUGAAGCCAAGCAUUGUCUUCAACUAGGCAAAAUUAAGGACUUCUCAGUAUUUCGAUACAUAGAGGAAGCCCGAGAAAGUAACCAGGCACGUACAAGUUUAGGCAUACACAAGCUGCUUCUGGCAAUGUUCAGUGGCGAGGAGAUUUCAUAUAGCGACGUCUUAAGCAAGUUUUUGGCCUAUGGCAUCCGCUAUCAGGUGGCUGCACUUGAAAGUUACAUUACCCACGCAGUAAAAGUAUGCGAUACUGCCCUUUCACUGGACUAUAAUUGGAUCAAGCUUUUCGGCCUUACUUUGGCGGCCUUAAAAGCUGAUUUGGCCCGCUGUUUAACACAUGCCUAUGCGCUCCAAAACACCACUCCAGCCCCUCCAACCCCUUCAACCACGAGAAAAUACUUCGCUACUAAGCUGUUCUUGCAUUUUAGCAACAGUGUGCCGUUAAUUGAAGCCAAUCUAUCACUAAUUCUUCGCUGGGUUUUCUACCGAUUCUUGGAUUUGAACACUUUGCGACUAGCCAAUGUUAAGAUCUCCGAACCCACUCGGAUAGCGCUAGAAUUUCGUGACUACUUGGUUGUUGGCAAUGGUAUAUACAAAGUUGUUCGGUUACAUGGCAGAAAACAAACGAACUACUGUGUUAAUAUGCAAAUUCAACCGUACCACACUAUUCGACUGAUCAAUGUUGCUUCUCCUACACCUGCUGCCGCUGUUGUGGCAUCAGAAAUGUUGCCCCAAAUUCUUGGCCAGGACCUCAAACAGAUAAACCCCAAGACUUCCCUUCACAAGUUCGUAAAGUACCUCAGGACGCAUAUCAACCAAGCUACCUGCCCGGCCUGUCUCCGAGACCUUUAUCUACCAGAUGAAAUCAAAACGCAGAUAGACGAAGUAAUGAAAAUGCUAGCAGACAAGGAAAAACAGGCAGAUAGGAUAGAACCAACAAGUGAGAUAAGAAAAGUAGAUGGGUUAGAACUAACAGACGAGACAAGACAAGCAGAUUCAAACCAAGAUGACCCACCGACCAAGAAACAGCGCCGCUGCUUUAACGAGACUGACAACUUUACAACACUUUGUUAUUUACAGUGCGGGCAUUUCGUCUGUAGUGUAUGUAUACUUAGCAUCCAGCCGCCAAGUAGAUGUCCCAUAUGCCGGUCCGAUGGCUUGUACUGCGGCAUUCAUCAACUUAGAUAUGGCCGUCUACCUAACAUCGCAUUGGUUGAGGAUAAUUCAAUGGUGCCCGCUAGUAUUCUUGAACGGUUCACUUUUGAGACAAUACGUAACCAACCAACUUACUUCUACAUACUCUAUGGCAGUAAGUAUCAGAUAAACACCGAUUUUGACAGCAAGACAACAAACGAUCUUGCCUUACAAUUCUAUGUCAUUUGUCUAUAA